AUGUCAGGGUCCAGCUACAUCGUCGAUCGAUCGCAAAUAGAUGUUACACAACAGCAGCAAUUAACUGCUCAACAACAAGAAGUGCAAGAUGUUGAUGCUCAGUAUACCUCAGCAAAUCUUUGCCGUCAGAAACGUGUUGGGAAGAAUCAACUUACAAAAGCCAAGCUUUUCCUAACAGUCAACUAUGCUCGCCAGAUGUUGAUGCGGGCCAGAGGUAAAUUGCAGUCAGAACAUAUCGCAAAUUUUAAACGAUGGGUAGCUCUUGGAAAGAAAGACGAAAACCUUAAUUCCUUGCAAGAGUGGUUAGCGAGUAUAAUAAAAUACCGAACCGAGGUUCGUGAAGAAGCUAGCGGUUUUUCGUCCACUUUGUCCAGUCGCUCACCUAAUGGGUAUAAAACUAAUAAUAAUAGUACUCAUAGAUUUAGAAACAAUGAUGACAAUAGGUAG